ACACACACGCAUAUAUGUAUUGAUUGCGUUGGGUCAGCGCCCAAGUCUUCGUCCAUCUACUUCAUGGUUUGAAGUCUCCAUAAGUAAAUUUGGGAGCUUUCAGUAGUCGACUCUUCUCAUUGCAUUGAUAAUCACUCAUUUCAUUUCUCUGCUGUUCAAGGAAGUCCCUCUCAAUUGGUGCGGAAACAUAGAGUUUCAGCAGUCGUAAGCGUGGGAAUUCUGCUCAAAACAGGUCCACUCCUUAAGAAAUGGCUGCUUCUGAGAAAGAUGUGACCCCGAUGCUAUCAGGCACAUAUUUACAAGUAGAUGAGUGUGAGGACUCUCAACUCCGGAAAUUUGUUUCAACAACUAGGAGUGCAUCCAUUUCCAUUCCUAUGGACUCCGUCGAGUCCUACGGGCAUGAAAAUAACCUUGUAGGUCAUACUGGUCCCUUGCGAAGUGAAAGAAAGAUUCCAUUAAUACAGAUGAGUGGUCCUUUAUAUAUUGGCCGUAAGCACGAAAACCUUUUCCGGCCUACCAAAGGUGCAACAGGGCACAAAUCGAUUGAGUCAACGGUGGAAAAAUAUCCUUCAUUUAGAGGAAUGGAUCAUAAUAAUUCGCCAGACAACUAUGCUGGCAAAAAUGAACAUUUACUGAGGUCUGGGCAAUUGGGAAUAUGCAAUGAUCCUUACUGUACAAGGUGCCCAGCUUAUUACAAUUUUAACGAGCAUCAAAAGAACUCAAAUUCUUCAGUUAUAUUAGACCCCAAGUUCCAUACCAUUCUUUAUGGAGAUGCAAAAGGUUGGGCCAGGAGAACUUUUUCUUUUCUGCAUCCGUCUAUUCCUGGGGUCAUGAACCCUCAUACUAGAGUGGUUCAGCAGUGGAACAAGUUCUUUGUUAUUUCUUGCCUGGUGGCAAUUUUCUUAGACCCUCUGUUCUUCCUAUUGUUGUCUGUGCAACAGGAUAACAAGUGCAUAGUAAUUAAUUGGACCAUGACAACAGUACUUGUGGUUUUUAGAAGCAUGACUGAUUUCAUUUACUUACUUCACAUGCUUCUUCAGUUUCGUCUGGCUUAUAUUGCUCCCGAAUCUAGAGUUGUUGGUGCUGGAGACUUGGUUGACCAUCCAAAAAAAAUCGCUCUCAAUUAUCUUUCUGGAUACUUUCUUGUAGAUGUCUUUGUGGUAUUACCGCUUCCUCAAAUAAUUGUAUUGUUGGUCCUACCGAGGUUCUAUGGAUCAUCUGGAGCAAAUUAUGCUAAGAAUCUAUUACGUGCCGCAGUUCUUUUUCAAUACAUUCCCAGGUUGUAUAGGUCUCUUCCUUUUCUGGUUGGUCAGUCUCCAAGUGGCUUCAUAUUUGAAUCAGCAGGGGCAAAUUUCGUUAUAAAUCUUCUCAGUUUUGUGUUGUCUGGCCAUGUAGUGGGGUCAUGCUGGUACCUUUUCGGGUUGCAGAGGGUAAAUCAAUGUCUUCGAGAUGCCUGCCAUACCUCUGGAAUUCCUAUGUGCAAGAAAUUCAUAGAUUGUGGGCAUGGGGACGAUAAUAGUGAAUUUGAACGCAAUGCUGAAAACUGGAAUGAUUGGAAGAAUAAUGCAAAUGCGAGUGCUUGUUUACUUCCAGAUGAUUUUGCUUAUGGAAUCUAUGCACAAGUUGUCAAUCUCACAACAAAACAUAAUGUAAUCACGAGAUAUACAUAUUCAUUGUUUUGGGGAUUCCAGCAAAUCAGUACACUGGCUGGAAAUCUAGUUCCAAGUUAUUUUGUCUGGGAAGUCCUUUUCACCAUGGGCAUCAUUGGACUGGGCCUCUUGCUUUUUGCUCUUCUCAUUGGAAAUAUUCAGAACUUUCUCCAGGCUCUUGGACGAAGAAGGUUGGAACGGUCACUAAGGCGCCGUGAUGUUGAGCAGUGGAUGAGCCAUCGGCGCUUGCCAGAAGAACUAAGAAGUCAAGUUCGCGAAUCAGAACGUUACAAUUGGGCUGCCACCAGAGGCGUAAAUGAAGAAAUGUUAUUGGUGAAUUUGCCAGAAGACCUUCAGAGAGAAAUACGACGUCAUCUCUUCAAAUUUGUCAAGAAAGUCCGAAUUUUUGCCAUGAUGGAUGAACCUAUUUUAGAUGCCAUUUGCGAGAGAUUAAGACAAAAAACCUAUAUCAAAGGAAGCAAAAUUUUAUACCCUGGUGGUCUCAUCGAGAAAAUGGUUUUCAUUGUCCGGGGCAAAAUGGAGAGCAUUGGAGAAGAUGGAACCAUUCCCUUGUUUGAAGGAGAUGUUUGUGGUGAAGAGCUUCUUAGAUGGUUCCUUGAGUACUCUUCCGUGUAUAAAGAUGAAAGAAACAUAAGGAUUCCAAGACACAAAUUACUUAGUAAUAGGAUGGUAAGAUGCUUAACAAAUGUAGAAGCAUUUACUCUCCAAGCUGCGGAUCUUGAAGAUGUUACCAGUCUUUUUGCAAGAUUCUUGAGGAUUCCACGUGUUCAAGGAGCUAUGAGGUAUGAAUCACCCUAUUGGCGAGGCGUUGCAGCGGCGCGCAUUCAAGUGGCAUGGAGAUACAGAAAGAAGCGCCUAAACCGGGAAAACACCUCGAAUUCUCAAUCCAAUUACUCUUAAAGCCAGUGAUAGUUAUUAAUGGUGAUUUAGAUGCAUUGUUUGUAUGUUGUUGUAAACUGAAUUAUCAAAUCACAUGACCAUCCUUGUGGAAUCUUGUGAUGUAUAAAGAACCACGUAAUUUUUAUUUGCAUGUUUGUGUUUCUGAAAAAUGUAAUUUUAUUAUAUAUGUUUUAUUUUUUUAACUA